AUGCCCGUCGUACACUUGCUGGAUUAUGCUGCGGGCAACAUUCGAUCACUUGUCAACGCCAUCGAGAAGCUCGGCUGGCAGGUGGAAUGGAUCACGUCGCCGCAAGAUGUGGAGAAAGCAGAGAAAUUGAUUCUCCCUGGUGUUGGCCACUUCGGCCACUGCCUAAGCCAAUUCGCCAAUGCUGGCUACGUAGAACCUGUCCGAAAACACAUUCAAUCUGGCAAACCUUUCAUGGGAAUCUGCGUCGGCCUCCAAGCAAUAUUCGAAGGCUCCGCAGAGAGCCCGAAUGUCCCUGGACUUGGGAUCGUCAAGGGUCGUCUAGAACGCUUCCGCAACGGCGACAAGAGCGUCCCGCACAUCGGCUGGAAUUCUGCGAAUGCAAGCAGCUCUGAGAGUAUCUAUGGCCUUCGACCUGACAGCAAGUACUACUACGUCCACUCAUAUGCUGUGCCAUAUCGGGAAGGGCAGUUCGAGAAGGAUGGCUGGAAAGUGGCGACCGCUCGAUACGGAAGUGAGGAGUUUGUCGGUGCCAUUGCCAAGGACAACGUACUGGCAACCCAAUUCCAUCCUGAGAAGAGCGGCGCGGCCGGUCAGCGUGUAUUGAAGGCGUUUUUAGAGGGAAGAGGAAGCGAAGCUCUACCUGCUGUUCUGGACCAGUCAUCGAUCAAGGACGGCCUCACGAGACGCAUCAUCGCAUGUCUUGACGUACGGACGAACGACCAAGGUGAUUUGGUCGUCACCAAGGGCGACCAAUACGACGUCCGUGAGAAGUCAGAUAACGCAGUUCGAAACCUCGGCAAGCCAGUGCAGAGAGCACAGCAAUACUAUGAGCAAGGCGCAGAUGAAGUCACCUUCCUCAACAUCACAUCAUUCCGCGAUACCCCCCUCAAAGAUUUGCCGAUGCUGGAAGUGCUACGACAAGCAUCUGCUACCGUCUUUGUACCUCUGACCAUCGGAGGCGGCAUUCGCGAUACACAAGACCCAGAGACAGGGCGAACAGCACCCGCUCUCGAAGUCGCAACGCUUUACUUCAAGUCCGGUGCAGACAAAGUCUCCAUCGGCUCAGAUGCAGUCACAGCUGCGGAGCAAUACUUUGCCUCAAAUAAGACUCUGACCGGCAAGACCGCAAUCGAGACGAUCAGCGAAGCGUACGGUGCCCAAGCAGUCGUCGUGUCUGUCGAUCCCAAACGCGUUUACGUCUCUUCACCCGAAGCCACAACCCACCACACUAUCGAAACAGCCUUCCCAGGUCCCAACGGGGACAAGUACUGCUGGUACGCCUGCACGAUCAAAGGUGGCCGCGAGACCCGCGAUCUCGACGUCGUCCAACUCCUCACAGCUGUCGAAGCAAUGGGCGCCGGCGAGAUCCUGCUCAACUGCAUCGACAAAGACGGCACAAACUCUGGCUUCGAUCUUGAACUGAUACGCAUGGCGAAGGCAUCGGUCAAAAUCCCUGUGAUUGCGUCGAGCGGUGCUGGCAAUCCUGACCAUUUCGCUGAGGUCUUCGAGAAGACGAACGUGGAUGCUGCGCUGGGUGCGGGCAUGUUUCACCGAGGAGAGUGGACGGUGAAGCAGGUCAAGGAUGAGCUGAGGAAGACGGGACUUUUGGUGAGGAAGUUUGAGGAGGAAUUGUAA